GAGAGAGGAGCGUUGAACAAAUUUUGGACUAGGUAUAAAAAGUGUUCAGCAACAGAUUCAAUUAUUACGGGCGGCGAAGCGAAAGGUGAAAGGCGAAACACGAAUACGAAUAUGGAAAUGCACGCCCUAUUGUUAUCGAUUUUACUUUUAACAAUUCUGACUGGAUCAGAUGCAAAGUCAUUUGAUCAACCGAACGUGUGCGCCGAAAAAUGUUUACCUGGAAGGAGAAGUUUUUUUGAGAACGAUGGAUAUGAAUAUUCAUAUAGCUACAGAACUGUUAUUGAAAGCAGUUUCCACACGGAUUCAUUGAGCGAUCAGAAGGCGCAAACAAGUAUUGAAGUACCGUUUACAAUACAAGCGGUAUCGGAUUGUGACCUAGUUUUACAAAUUCAACGAGGAAUCUACAUAGACAAUGGAAUACCACGAACAGACGAAGAACUGGACUGGCAGGAAGCCAUUGUUGCUUAUCCUCUGCACUUCAGCUGGCAAGACGGGCUUAUUGAAAACAUUUGUCCAACAACCAAUGAGCCUAAUUGGGUUCUCAACUUCAAACGGGGAAUCUUGUCUGCCAUGCAAAUUACAUCAAGAACGAGUGCAUCUGGAGUGAAAGAGAUUGAUGUUUCUGGUAAUUGUGAAGCUGAUUAUUUCGUCCAAGGAGAAGGAACAACAAUGAUCAAGAAAACCAAAGAUUACACACAGUGUGAAAAUCGAGACAAACAUUUGUUCUUCUCUUGGGCAACACCUUAUGAAAUCAGCUCUCCAAGACAAAGUUUCAUCCACAGCAUGCAAACUUGUGACCAGACAUUGACAAAUGUUUUACAAGGAGUAACUUGCACAGAAGAACAUGUAUUCAGACCAUUCAGCACUGACGAAGGCGGAGCUAGAACUCACAUUACCCAAGAAAUCAGAUACCUUCGUCAAAGACGAAUCUCUCGUUCAUCGAUCCCUCGAUCUUCACUUCGACAUACAACACUUGCAUAUGAAGAAGAUCUUGAGACCGUUGAAAGAAAUAUGGCAGAAUCUACUCAAUCUGCCAAGAAUCUGAUGGACGGUUUAUGUGCAAACAUGCAGACUGAAGAUUAUCAAGAAGUCAGCAAACAAUUCAUGUCUCUGGUAUUUGCAAUGAGAAAACUUGAUUUCGAUUCAUUGUCCGAACUUCACUCUUACAUCGGUGAAUGUGCCAACUGGCAUUCAACACUCAGGGAAAUGUUUGAUGAUGCUUUACCAUUCUGUGGUACGGAUGGAUGUGUAAAAUAUGCAUCUAAUCUCAUCCUCAACAAUGAAUUGAACAAAAAAAUUGCAGAAAGGUGGCUGACUGGAUUCAGUUUCAUUAAAGAACCAACUGCAGAGAUGAUCUCAUCUUUAUUGGAUGUCGUUGAAAGCAAAAAAAUACCUGAACGAUCCUUCUUAACGGUUGGAUCCAUGAUUCAUCAAUAUUGCGAAAUUUCAGAAGAGAAUUGCAUGAACAACAAUGCUAUCCGACAAACAAUUGAAAUUCUGAUGCAACAUUUGGGAACAAAUUGCCAUAGCCCCAACCCAGAAACAAGAAAAUUGAUCAUUUAUGCUCUUCGUGCCAUUGGAAACGCUGGACAAACAACAGAACAAUCUGUUUUGCGAAGAUGUAUUUUUGAAAAUGACAACUCCAUGGAAAUCAGGAUUGCUGCAAUUGAAGCUCAUAGACGCAUGCCAUGCAGCGUUGAUCGAUCAGCCUUGAUGACAACAUUAAGAAAUGAAGAUGCAGACUCAGAAAUCAGAAUUGCUGCGUACAAAGGGCUCAUGCAAUGCCCAACAUUUGAACUUGUGAAAGAUGUCAAAGACAUUAUAGAAAUAGAACAAAAUAUGCAAGUUGGCAGUUACAUCUGGUCUCACCUUACCCAAGUUCAAGAGUCCCAAGAUCCUUUGAAACAUAUUCUUCAAGCUGCUAUGGUCGGACACACAUUCAAGGAAUUCAGUCUCGAUCCAAGAAAAUAUUCAAAAUAUUAUGAAGGCUCUAUGUUUUCUGAAAAAUUCAACUCUGGUGCAACUGCUGAUGCGAGCCUUGUCUGGUCUCCAAAAUCUUUCAUUCCACGCAGUGCAUCAGUCAAUCUUACAGUUGAUGUAUUUGGACAGGCAAUCAAUCUUUUUGAGUUUGGUGGAAGAAUCCAAGGAUUUGAAAGCUAUCUUCAAUCUUUCCUUGAGCCAAAAGCUUUUGAAAAAAGACAAGAGAAAAAGAACUUGCAAUCUGGCAGAAAGACGAAUCCUUUGGAUGAGGCACAAGCUAGUUGGUUUAUGAGAGUUGUCGGAAAUGAAGUUUUGUAUGGGAACACUGAAAUGAUGCCACGAAUGGAAGAACUUGAAUCAUCCAACUUUUUGGUUGAAUUUGCAUCAAAAUUCAUGAGUGAUGAAGGAUACAAUUAUCAUGACGACUCUCUGCUCUUGAACACUUUCAACAGCCUGCCCACUGGAAUUGGUAUGCCACUGCAAAUUGCCUUCAACGGAACAACCAGCGUUGAUAUUAAUGCUGCUGGAAAAUUUAACAUGGGUUUUGGAGCUUCUCCAGAAUAUUUGAUCAAAGGCAAAGUUAGCCCAAGAGCUGCAGUCACCAUCAGUAGUUGGAUCGUUGUUGACACUCAUGUGAAAAAGACUGGAAUUGCCACAGAAAGCACUGCUUACUCUUCUUCAUCAAUCAGUGGUUUCGUCAAAGUGUUGAACAAAGGCAAAAAUGUUGAAUUGGAACUUGACACACCAUAUAACAAAAAUGUAUUGUUUAGUACAAGCCAUAAAGUUUUAAGAGUAGAAGGAAACACCAUAGAAGAGAUGAAGACCACUGAGUUAUAUCCACAAAACACAUUUGUUAGAGAUUGCACAGAAGAAUUCCUCGGCCAAAGACUUUGCUACACACAGAGAUCAGUCAGUGAUAGAUACUCAAAUGGUGCACCUACUAACUGGAUUUAUCCAGUUGAUGGAGGAAUUGAGAUUUCUGCUUACAUUCAAAAGAUGGACCCAGAUCUUACUAAAUACACGAUCUCUGGCAAUAGUGAAAGCAUUUAUGAAAUGGAGAGUGACUCAAUACCUUCAGAAAUGAUGGUUCAAAUGGUCUUUGACACACCAGGAUCAAGAGUCAACCGCAAAACAACAGUGUUUGGAACAUACAAUCUACCAAAAAUGGAAUUUUCUGUUCUUGCCCAGCAGGAAGAAAAGACAUUGCAAUUAGAAGGAAACUACAAAAACAUAGAUGAAUCUCAUGAAGCAACCAUCAAAGCACUUUGGAAUGAAGACACAUACAAAUUCAAUGUCAAUUUGGACAAGAACGUGGAUGAAGAUGGUAGUGAAUGGAGUGCCAAUGCAGUUCUUCAAUUGCCUGGUAAAACAAUGUCUGCUAAAUCAUCAAUGGCAGUAGACCCAGCAAAGAGAUUGAAAGCUUCUUUUGUUAUGGACAAUGUGCUUCAAUCACCAAUUGUGAUGAAACUUGACCUUCAAGACAAGUCCAGGAAAACUGACAAGCUUUCAUACUCUGGAGAAGCCAAGUUGUCCAUCCUUCCAUUCAUCAAUACCGAAUACAUGAUCGAUAUGGACCUGAAACCAAAGCUUGACAAUUUGAUGUUGAACAUGAACUAUAAGAUAGGAGGUGGUCGUAAGGAGAGCAUCUUGCUUCAUCAUAAGCGAACUAGUGUUGGAAGAAAAUCUGAAACAGAUUGGACAAUUUCUCAAAUGCUCACAUCAUCCCAAUUCCCAUCUUUGAACCACAAGGUAGCAGUCUCUCAUAGGUAUGUCAAAGGCUCAACAUCAAGCUCAAUUGACAUUGGAUAUGGAACUCAACUUGAACAACCAAACAAUCCAUACAAAUUGGAACUUCGUCAAGAAUACACAGACAACAGUGAUUCAUCAAAAACAGACAUCAGUGGGCAAUUUUCAAUCAAUGUACCAUAUGUUGAAAUGAAUCGCGAAUUCCAAUUCGAACAUCUUCAGAGUAAAGAGAUUUUGAGCUCAAAAAUAAGAAGUGUUUGUGGUGAAGAAAAACCAAAACAGUUUACUCUAAUAUGGCAAGACAAUGCUCCUAAAUCUGAAUUAAUGGACAACACCUUUGAACUUGGAUUCUCAACAGCUGUCGGGGAUUGGCACUGGCAAGAUAACAUUAGAGAAAGAGUCAAAAACGUUUACAACUCAAAAUCAACUUUGAGUUUGGGUGCAGAAGACUCCCUCAAAUUUAUUCAAGAAUCAGAGUUGGUUAUGAAAGACACCAAUAUGAGUUUCUCUCUUUCAAUAGUGAAAGGGGAUGGAUCGAAAAUCAUUACAGGAUCCACUGUCAACACAAUGGAAUCUGAAACAAGAUACAUCAGCAAGAACUUCAUUCAUCUUCAUGGUUACACACCAAGAGGUCUUGACAUCAUUCACGAUCGUGUUCCAUCUGAUGGAUAUCCAACAACUGUUAACUUCUUGGCAUCAAACAUUGUCCAUGUUUCUGUUAAAACAACCUACAGACCUUCAGAAAACGGCAAACACAUGACUUUCAUUGUUGAACAGGAUGAUGUAGAAAAGAGGAUUGUAUCUGCUGAGGCAGGAUAUGAUUUUGUUGAUGAUGAAAUUGACAUGUAUGCAAAUCUGAAUGAUAAUGGUAACAUGCUUUUCAGUUCCCAUAUCAUUGCACAAACACCAUCAACUGAAAGUGGAAAAUUUUCAGUGGAAUUGAAAGAAAAAUUGUCACCAAAGAACAUGGACUUCAAUACCACCAUCUCUUACAGCAUGACUGAUAAAAGCAAGGUUACUUUCUUCCACAGAAAUGAACAAAAAAGUGUACAAUUUGAAGUGAAUGCUGCUAACAAUGGAAUUCAUGGUAUCUUGAAACACAACUUCUGUGAUUACAUGAAUGAUGCAACAUACAACAUUGCAUUGACAUCGGCUGGUGCCGCUGUCACUGUAUCAGCCGAUGGACAUCAAGCUCAUGUAAAUAUCAUCAAAUCCACAAACAUGUUGGAGAUGAAAUGGGAUCACGAUAGAAUGCCAGACCUUAUGAACAUGAAUGUACCAACUGCUGCAAACAUGGUUAUCGGUAGAAAUACAGAUGAAACUGCUCCAAAGAAAAUGUGGACAACUGUCAAUUUUGAAGAUGAUGUCGUUUUCGAUAUGUCAUACUCAGUUGAAAAACCUCGUUCUGGCGUAACAAAGAAGGUUUCAAUGAGCAAUACCUUGCUUCCUAUGAUUCCAGAAAGUGCAAGAUGGGCUAUUACUAUGGAUGAAGUGAGUUUACAGUCAGAAGCUGAAAUUGGUGAAGAAAGUAUGACAUUUACAGUUACGACCAGUUUCCCAGAAUCUGCGUCAAUGAAAUUCACACGUACUGCAGGACUCACUAGCUGUGAUUACAUCCCAGAAAAUGUGAAGGCUUCCUAUGAAUAUAGUUCUGAACCUCAUACAGUUAACCUUAAUAUGGAAUUCGGAGAGAAAUCUGCUUCUGUGGAAACUACUUAUUCUCCAGAUUUUAUCAAAGCUAGUUUAACCAUGAAAGGCAUUGAUAAUGUACCUAAGUAUACAUCAAUUGAAUUGAGAAGCCAGUUAACUACGAGUCCACGAACCAUCGAUGUUACUGGAAAAUGGAAUGAUGAUAUCUAUAUUGCCAACAUCAAACAUACUUUCGAUUACAAGGAAACAAGCGAAUCAAACCUCCCUUACGUAUCUUAUAUUGUAAACCAUGAAUUAAACGUUGAUGGCUUUAAAAAUGGCGUCAAAGUCGUGGAUUUGGAUGAUGUAUUUGAGAUUAACAAAGAACAAAUCAUCUAUGAUUCAGAACUUGUUCAAACUGUCACUGAUUAUUAUCCACGCCAAGUUCAUAAGAGACAAGUCCUUACAAUUAAUGACAAGGAAUAUUCAUACUUCGAACGUUCAAUCAUCACAGGAUUGGAUCCAAUGGAAAUGGAGAUCAAAUACACCAAGAACAAAUUGGAAUUCAGCCAGAGCAUUUCCAAAUCACCCAUGGUUCCUAGUUACUUGUCUCUAAAAAUGAGAGAAAAGCGAGGAGUGAAUCGUAUUAUCAUGGAAUGUACUAUGGACGGCAAAUCAAAAACAUCAACUCUGUCCUACCAACUCAAUGAUGAUAACAUGGAAAUGUCUCUUGAACAUGAUUGUGAAAUGAUGGCGGAAUAUGUUCCAAAGCAUGUAAUCGCAUCUUUAAGCUGGGCUGAAAACAUCUUGAUGUCUUAUGAAUGGGGAGCAGAAAAUGGACAAGUCAAAUUAUGGAAAGAUUCAAUUACAAAUGCAGGUGUCUACGUCAAACUACAUGCAAAUGAUAUUACAUUCAAUUUCACUUACGGCAUGGAAAAUGGCAUUGCAUACUUGUAUGCAUUGGUAGGAUAUCAAGAUCAAAAAUAUGUUGGAGAAUUCUGUGGUGGAUAUGUUAAAGGUGAUGAUUCUCCAUUGUUCGGAAUUUCAAAGGUAUUCGUUAUUGCUGAAGUUUUUGUAAAUGAAAAGAGGGCUAUCACUGCCAACACUUUGGAAUUCCACAAGGACUAUUUGCUCAUCAACACAACCAAUAUGCAAGAUCUAUUUGAGAACUUGCCACCAAGUUAUGUCUUUGUGAAGAAGUUCAAUUGGGCCAUAGAUGAUAGCAGUAUUGAAGUCACUAUUGAAGGUUUAGAUGACGAUUCGUUCUUAUUCACAAUUUCUGCAAGUCAUAAGGGUUUCUCAACUGCUAGUAUUGGAAUGCAACACAACCAAGAUUGGGAAAUAUUGCCAAAGCAGUUCGGUGUAAAGUUUGAAAAAGAUUGCACUGAUGGUGACCAUUCCGGCACACUAACCAUUAAUACAGAUUCAUGGACAAAGGCAAUUUCACAUAGACUCCAAUACGGUAACUCUGAUGAAGGUGUUUAUGCAAAAUAUGCUGUAAAUAAUGAUUUCUCAACUUUGGGAGGCUAUUUCGAACUACCAUCUCAUUUCUCAAUUGACUUUGGUGGCAGCAUAAGUGAUACAACUCUUGAUUAUCAUUUGAAUAUGUCAUAUGAUGAUUUAAGUUCCGCUGAAACAAUGCACGCAGAGAAAACAGAUAAUGGCUUCAGUGUAACAUAUGAUGUAAAACAGAAUGCGACCAGCAAGCUUCCUGGAGUUAUUUCAUUGAAAUUUGGUGGCAGCCGCACAGACACUGACAUUGAUUGGAGCUUCGAUUUGACUGCUGACGAAAAGAAGGCCGUUGAAAAGUUACAUGGGACCAUAUCUGAUACUGGCUUCACCCUCACAUACAGCUUAAAUCAAGAUGUAACAACAUACUAUCCAAAAACAGCGAGUAUUGAUGCCUCUGGGAAUAAGGACAAAUCAAUUACCUUUGACUUGAAAGGAACCAGUGAUGACAAAUCUAUCACAGAACACUUGAGCUUAGACAAUGUUAAAUUGAGCGAAAACUUCAACUUCAAAUACACAUUAAACCAGGAUAUGCUAAGUUGGUAUCCAGAAAAAAUUUCAAUGAAUGCGGUUAAGUCUGACGGAUCAUUUACGGGAGAUUGUUCAACAACUAUGUCUCCAAAUUCAUUCACUGGAUCUGUAAAAGCUACAUGGUCUGAUAAAGAUGUCAGUUUCUCUGCAAAUUUCAGCUGCGAUGAAAAUCCAGAAACACCAUAUCAUAUUGAGCUUAAAUGGACCAAGAACGACGCAUCCAUGUUUGGCAACAUCGAAUUUAUUCACAAUUUUGAUGAAAUUGUUCCAUUACCAAAAAAAAUGGGUCUUGAGGUUGAGCCCGGUACAAAUAACAUGAACAUUCUUCUCAACAUUGAUGAUCAUAAACGCAAGAUUGAAAUGCGCAGACGACAAGAUGAUGGUGCAAUGGAAUACAAUCUGAGACACAAUCUUGAAAUGUUAUCAGACUACAAUUUGCCAAUGGAUGUUGGCGUCAGCUAUCAAAAAUCUCCAUUCACUAGCUCACUCAAGUGGGGUUCAAGUUCAUUGGGUGCUCGAUACGAACCUGAGCAGAAUUUAUUGAAUGUCGAUGUUUCUGUUGCUGAGGUUCAAGGCAAAAUUUCUCUGCAAAAAACAAUGAAUGAGGAACUGACGUCGAUGAUUUUCCAACAUGAUUUGAGCGCAUUGUCAGAAUACAACUUACCAAACGACUUCACAUUCAGUUAUCAGCUCACACCAUUUACUGUCUCUGCAACAUGGGGCGACAAUGAAAUCUUCGUCAUGAAAUCAGGACAAGAAUUGAAACUUAGACAAAAUGUUUUUGAACAACUUCCACAGUACUUGGUCUUGAAUUGCAACUGUGAUAUGUCAUCAGAAACAAAACUGAUGGAACUGAAAGGAAAACUCGAUAGUUACAGUUUCUAUGGAAUAUAUCAUCAUAACAUGGUCGACACCUAUACCAUGAACCUAAUUUGGCAAUUGAUGCAAGAUGAAGAUACAUUAAUAGAUUUGUUUGUUGAUACUGAUAUGAUUCUUUCAGCUGGACACUUGAACACCACUUUCACACAGACACUUACAGAUAGCGUUUAUGACCAUUUCAGCUUCUAUACCAAGUUUAACAUCCAAGAAACAUCAGGAACUGUAUCUGUGGCAACUAACAUCGAAGAACCCAUAGAUUUUGUUAUAACUUACAGUAAAGUCACAGACUAUCAAUACAAUGUUGUCAUCACUCAUAAUGUUGAAAGCAUUGUUGAUACAUUGCCAUUGGAAACUAGCGGAACUCUUACUAUGACCUGGACAGAACCAAAGAAGGGUAUUGAUGUUACAGUUGUAUCUGCUGAUCGAAGAAAAUCUUUCUCUUUUAACAUAUUAAGUGAUAUGGGAGAAGACAGCAAACAAAUAACACUUGUAAUGUCGCAUGACUUCGAUAUGUUAGAAAGUGAAUUGUCUGUUCCGAAAUCAGCAUCAUUUAAAAUUAAAAAGACAUCAAACAGUGGUGACAUCUCUCUAACAUACAAUCUUGAUUCAACUGAAAAAGAAGCCACCAUUGAUAUUGAUUUCUCAGACUCCAUGAUUCGUUUUAAUGUUGAUCAAAACAUCUUGGAACCUGCAUCUCGUUCACGAAAAGCUACUUUUGACAUUCCGCAAAAGGUUUUGAUUUUAUUGAACAAAGACUCUGAUGUCGGAAGAUACAGAUCUAAGAUGUCAUUCAAAUCUGGACAAAAACGAAGAUAUUUCAAUGCUGAACUGAACACUGACGAUAAUGCCUGGGAUGUAUCUCUGUCGCACAAUCUUAACAGAGUUUUACCAGUGAAAUUACCUUCUAAUAUGAAAUUUGAAGUUAAUUGGAAUGCAAGUGCCAUUGAUCUAGCUUUGAAAUUGGAUGACAAUGAUUAUGCUUUUACUUUCUGGCGUGUUGCAGAAUCAAGCAAGGUCGGGUCUUCAUUUACCCACAAUGAUCAUUCUCUCGUCAGCAAAGGUGUCCCUCAAACUGCCUCAAUGGUACUCAGUAAAGAUAGCAACGCUGAUGGAGAUUUCGUUUCCGCUGUAUAUUCUGCCAACGGUCAUUCAUCCGCAACUGUGUCAAUUACAAGAGCAGCUAAAAAGAUCAGCAUGAUCUUCAACUCUGAAGGUGAUUCAUUUACAAUCUCUUCCAACAUUGUUGCAAUGCUACGAGACAAUGGUGUCAGCUUUGGUGUCACUGGAACACAAACCGGCCUCGAAGAAUUCUUGCCAGAAAAUUUUGAAAUCCACUCUUCUGCUUCCUAUGCUAAAUCAGAAUCAAUGUUGAGCACAAGUUUCUCUCAUAACAUUCCUAUGUUGAAAGACUAUGGAUUGCCUUACCAAGCUAACUUUGAGAUGAAAAUACCUGUUUUUACAGCAGAAGGUACAUUGAAAAUUGGAUUCUCUGUUGAAAUUGAUGACUUAGUAUUCUCUGAAAACUCCAUAAAUUUGGAUGUGAAAUACACCGCCAGCAGUAUCGAAAUAAAUGUUAAUGGAAUGCGAACCAGAAACCUAUGGUCAACAACAUCUUCAGAUAAACUGGCAUAUGAUGGAACCUGGAAAGUUGAAGUAACCACCGAAUCAGAUUUGCAGAAAUUUGACUUGCUUUACACCUUGAGGGAAACUGACACUAAUAAUCAAGUUGUUCGAGACCACAAUUCAAAUGUUGUAUUGACAGUUCAACCAGAUUCAAUUGAAUGGGAAUUGAGAUCAAAUGCUUUUGUUGAUGAACAGAUGACUUCAACUGGUACAGCUACUCGCAAUGAUGGUACUUAUACUUUGAAACUUGCCAUCAACCAAGGAACUAAUAUUGACUAUUCUGGUAAACUUCAAAUUUUGACUGGGGAAAUAUUCGAAAUUCAUUAUUCUGAUGAAGAAAGAAAUACAUUCAACAUUGUUGUGAACAAAGACAGUGCUGAACAAUUUGUUCUUUCUCAUAACAUCGAAAUGAUCACAUUCAUUCCAGAAAGCAUUAUCACAUCCUUGGACAUUGAAGAACAAACAUUUUCAAUGAAAGUAACAGAGAAUAGCAACAAAAUUGUUCUUCUCGUAAAACCAAGUUACAUUGAAUUGACAAGAACUUCACCUGAUAUGCAACCAUUGUUUGUUUUGAAAUCUGAAUAUGUCAGCCACCCAUCACACAAAGUUACAAGUGAAUUCAAAAUUCCUGAAUUGAGCAUUGACUAUUCAUCUGCAGUCGAAGUACAUUUCUUCAAGCCUGGAGAUGGAAGAUCACUCAUUAAUAUUGAUAUCAAAGACAAUGCAAAUGAAAAAUCAUUUACUGUCAACAGUCAUGCAUUCUUACAAGACAGAGAUAUCAGUGAUUUGAACAUUGUUGCCAAUAUUGACACUGACAUGACCAUGAUUCCAUUCAACUUUGCUUUUGAAUACAUACUUCAAAACAGUCCAUACAACUUCCGAAUGCAUCUGAAAAUGAGAGAAUAUUCUUUCACAACAACCAAUGAAGAGAGAUCUUUCGAGACUACAGUAACUUUGCCAAAAUCUAUCAGAAUCUAUAAAUUAUCAGUAUCUGGUGAUUGCGUUGAAGUAAGAAAUGGAAAUGAGAAAUCUACCAUCUCUGUGCAAUGGAAUGACGACCAAACAAUCAGCUUAUCCACGGUUUCAAACUUUGAAUCAGAUAGUCACUUGUUUAACUUCGAUAUCAGACAACCGUUCAUUGAACCAGAUCAACUUUCUGGAAGUUAUACUUUUGAAAAGAGUGGAAGAUGGAAUGUUGUGAACAUCGAAAUGACUGACAACACAAAUCCAUUUACAGUUAUGGCAAAAUAUUCAGAUUCCAAAGAAAAUACUCAUGAAGUUGUUGUCGACGUCGCUCAACCAUAUGAUCAUGAUUAUAUCCCAAAACACUCCGUAACCACUGGAACAAUUUUAUACACCGACACAGUUUAUAACAGUGACUGGAAGAUAACAGCCAAUAAUAAAGACAUUGUUACUUUCAAGAAACUCUUCCAAUCCAACAGUGACGGAUAUCAUUUUGACCUUCACUGGAGACAACCAUAUGAAGAACUGUUCUUGACAUCUUUGGAUAUUUCACAUGACAUCAGGGAAACUGACAAUGGUAUGGAAGUUAUUGCUGACAUUAGCCACUCUGGUGAUGAUACGUACAUUCCCAGUCACUUUGUUGCCACUCAAACUACUACAAAAACAGACACCUUAUACCAAAAAAUAAAUAAGGUUGUAAGUGAGGGCCAAGAAUUAGCUAGCUUGAAACAAACAUUCAAAGUACUCAAUGAUGGUUACCAAGUAAGUCUCAGUUUAAGACAACCACAUGCUGAAUUUGGACCGACAUAUUUUGACACCACAGCUGAUUUGAAACUUGGUUCAAAUGGUAUGAGUUUAAAUGUGGAUGUUGAACAACCUUAUGACAAUAUUUACAUCCCGAAAGAAUUCACAAGCAAGCAUAUCAUCAAAUACAAUCAAGGAAUGUAUGACAGCGACUUUAAGAUUAUCAGCAAUGGUGAAGAAUUGGUUGUGCUUAAAAAGUAUUUCGAAGCAACCGCGAGUGGUUAUACUGCUUACUUGCACUGGAAACAACCUUAUGAAGAAUUUGGUGCUACAUCAUUUGACACUACCUUUGAUUACAAAUUGACAACAUCUUCCAAAACGCUAAACAGUGAUAUCAGUGUAAAUGACCAAAGCAAACUGGCUGUAGAAUAUUCAUGGAAUCAACCGAACUCCAAUUCUCAGAACACAAGUGUGGCUGUCAUUGUUGAUGGGGAGAGGUAUGAAAGCAAGUGGCAUAUGAGCACUACAGAAAGCCAAGUCUCUGGCAAGAAAUGCACUUUUGUGUAUGACAACCAAAUGCCAAAACUUGGUUUCCUUCCUCCAUUUGUACCAACACAACAACAUUUCAGUUUGACAACUUUCCGCAAAGAUGCAAAUGCUCACUUUACAACCGUCUACUCUUCUAAUUUGAUCAAAAAUCCAGUUCAGAUUGAAGGUAUGUACAUAUUACACACAGGAAACAAACUGUUCGAUUCAAUGCUCAGUUUCAAAUCUGGUCCUGAAAGCAGUGCACUCGCUGAUGCUGAAGUUCAAUUCACCGUAGACAAUGUUGAAGGUGUAACCAUGUCAGCUGUGAUACCACCAAUGGGAUUCGAUCGAGUUGCUAAUGUUAAAUAUGACCAGAAGAAAAUGAUUGUCUCCAUGAAAUACAUCGUAGAUGGAAAACAACCAGUUGUCGUCAAUGUUAAUUUGAAACAGAUUAUCCCCAAAUUAAAUGCUAUUUUGGACAUUCUAAAGAACAAAGAAUUGUUGCCAAAGAUUAAAAUCAUAGGUGAUUUUGAGCAAGCAUCAUCUGCAUUCAGCGGAUAUAUUGGCAUUCAAGUUCGAAACACACCAUACACUAUUCACUUGGAGACUGGAUUCGAAGACGAAAAAUUCUAUUUCAAUGUGACAACGAAACGCCAGUUCCGUAAACUUGAUGAUGUUUUGAGUAUCACUGCAUAUUCAAUCGAUGCACAAAAUGUACAAGUACAGAUAAUAACGAGCGAGAAACUUGGACGUAUGCUUACUAUGGUUACUGCAUCUUGUCAUGCUGAAAUGAAAGACAAAGUUGUAAUGGCAACUGAUACCAUCAUUGAGCUACUGUCAUCAUUAGAUAGUGUUGUACAAGGCUCAGAAAUGGUGCAAGAUUUCAUUAACAAAUACAAGAAUGUUGCUAUCACAUAUGUAAAUGCCGUAAAAGUUACACUGAUUAAUAUGAUUGAUAAUGCUAACACACUGACACGUGGAACCCUUCUUAUGACAGAAGAAACAGUUGGUUACGGUUUGACAACAUUGAUUAAAAUCAUUUCGACACAAAUCGAGAAACUUCGUGAUUUUGUAAGCCGACCAUUGCAACAGAUCAAGGAUGACUAUCUCCUUCAAGUUUCAACUGAAAUAUACAACUGGGUGCAACCAAAACUUCAACCAUUAACUGACAAACUAAAUCAAGUUCAUGCUGGUCAAUUGCUUCUCGAAUUGGUACAAGAAGGUAUAACAAAGACCAUAUUUGUGAUGGAAAAGAAUGUUGAAGCCAUCUUGACAGCCAGCAGACAACCACUUGCAAAGAUGGUCGAACUCAGUGAAAACAAAGUCGUCAUCAAUAUUCCUCUGCAUAUUCCGGUCAAGGGUCUUAUUGCCCCACCAAGCAUCGCUGACAUAUCUUUGUGGAUUGCAGAGAGCUCUCUUGCUCAUGAACUUGAUACCAAAUUGAAGAUCUUGUACAAAGCUGUUGAUUUAUAUUAUCAAUACAGAUCAAUCUUGAACAUGCCACUAGAAGAGAUUAUUCCACCAUUCAAGGGACAUGCAGAAUUGUCUGGAUUCCGUCAUUUCCACACUUUCGAUGGAAAACGAUACGAUUUUGCAAGUAGAUGUGACAGCAAGCAUAUAUUGUUACAUGACUUUGCUGACAAUGAAUUCCAAAUUUACGUCACAUAUGGAAAAAAUCCAUCCCUGACUGUCACCUCAUACGAUCCUUCUGGAAGACAACAAUCUGUUGUGAUGAGACGAGACUACAGCAUUACUGAUGAAAAUGGUCAUGAUAUUCCAAUGCCAAUGGGCUAUGCCGAUGUAUCUGUGAAGAGAACUGGUGAAUUUGUGACAUUGAAAACAGUCUAUGGUUUAGUUGUGUCAUGCAACUUUGUAUCUGAUCUCUGUACAAUUGAUAUCUCACCAUUCUACUUUGCUGGAGUUUCUGGUAUGCUUGGAACAUUCAACAAUGAGAUUAAUGAUGACUUCACAGGUCCAAGAUCUUCUGAAAUCAAUGACUUCGAACAACUUGCUCAAGCUUGGAUGAUUCCGGGAACUUGCAAUGGAGCGAAUAUGGAGGCUGAAUGCACUCAAACUGCCAGCGAUGCAUGCACUCAAUUAUUUGAAGGAAGAACCUCAAAAUUCUUCUCAUGCUUCUCUGUGGAAGAUCCUAAACCUUACAAAAAGAUGUGCAUUAGAGAUACUUGCAGUUCAUCAUCAGCUGGAAUUUGCACUGCUGCUGCAUCAUAUGCAAGACGUUGUGCACUUCGUGGUGUCAUUUUACCUACACCAGAAAGCUGCAAGAAAUGUAUUUCAGCCAGAGGCGAUGCUUUCUCAAACGGUCAAGUUCAAGUUACUGGAGCUGAUGUCGUGUUUGUGAUUGAAAAAUCAGGAUGUAUCAGAUUCAAGAAGAAGGAUUAUAAGAGGUUUUUGGGUAAAUUGCAUAAGACCUUGAAUGAAACUGUAGCAACUGGAAAUCUGAAAUAUGCUGUCGUUGGAUUUGGAGGACCAGAAGGAUAUGCAGAACCACAUACUAUUCCAUUUGACAACGAAAUCUUCAUGCGAACUGAUAUAGUAAUGGCCCCAGCUGAUGAAAGGGCUCUCAUUUCUGCUUUCCGACUCAAGGAAACAAGAGGAUCUGAACCAGCAACACCAGACGUUAUGCAAGCAAUCAGUUACGCUUCGCAACUUCCUUUCAGAGCUGGAGCCGCAAGAACCAUCAUCUUAGUGACUUGUGAUGAGUGUGGUGCAGAAAGCAUGGUUGACAAGAGCAAUGUCCAAGCAGUGUUACAAGAGCAAGGAAUCAUAAUUCACCAUCUUAGACAAAAGAACAUUCAAGCUGGAAAAGGUUCCAAGAAGGUAUAUGGAUUCAAUCCUACUGAAAUAUUUGCCAAAAACGACGCUAACUAUGCAAGAAGUGAAUUGAAGGUUUCUAGCACUGAUCAAUGUCUUCCAUUGGUUGAUAUGACUGGAGGAUCUGUUUGGAAUUCAAACACUUUCGGCAGGGAAUCAUUGCAAAAUAUCGUCAAUCAAGUUUCCACCGGAAUAAAUUCAGCAACUAGACAAGAAUGUGUAUGCAGCAUUGCCGAUAAUGGAUCAGCUACAUCUAAAUGUAUUGCUUCAUAAUUUUGCCGAAUAAUAUGACUCUCAUCUGAUAUUACAAAUGCAAAAUCGAACAUUUAUCUUUUUCAAUAAUUUCUUUAAAAAUUUUGUGUUUUUAUGAUUUCAAUAUGUUUUGUAUGUGUGAAAUUUAGUACCAGAUCAUACAUGGUCAGACUGCAGUUACAUAUAUUUCACUUGUUUGUACAGGCUUGAUCUGGUACUAACUUAUCGUUACUACCUUUUCUUUACCUGUGAAUUAAAAUUGUCAGGUUUGUUUCGUUUUUGUUUAUUAUUUUUGCAUAUUUUCAGCGUCUCACCCAUCACGUGACAUGAUGCGAUUUCAAUGCAGGUUUUACGUUUAGUCUUCUUUUGUGGUUUUCUCUCUUUUUUGACUGUGACAUAUUUCUUAGCAACAUUUUUUGCUACUACAUGUGAUGAAUUUAUUUUUGUUAUUCGUUGUUAAUUAUUUGUUUGUAUUUUGUCUUGACUAGUGCGAAGCAUAAGAUAAUUUGUCACUGUCUUUGUCUGUACCUUUGUCUUAAUUUGGUGCGAAAUUUCAUUUGUUUGACAGAAAUUUCCCACCAGAAUUUUUGUGAUGUUCCCCUUGUCUUUUUAUGUCCUAUGUUGAAAUUAUAUGUAUAAUUCUCUUUUCUAUGUGAACAUGUUGUUCGUCUGCUUUUUGUUGGUUAGUGUUUUUUUUAUUGUCUGACGUCAUACAAGUCCUGUUUAACAUCUUUGUUUGUUUGUUCAAUACAAAUUAAUGUUUGUUUUGUCUCUAGUUAGAUUGCAUGUUCGUGUCCUUGUCUCUUACUGUUAUGUGUAAUUAAUUAUUCCUGUUGCCUUCAUACAUUUAACUGAUUUUCAUGAUUAAAAACCAAUUACAAUA